CAAGCAAAUUGCUUUUGCGUCGUUUUAGGCUGCGCUGCGGGCCACAGACGGCGUACAGGCACGUGAGCCGGCGCGCUUUGCCUACUGCAAUUGCGCUACUGCUGUGAUCGCAUCAAAUUCGCGCUGCGUGCCGUGUAGAGACACAGUGGAUCGUUCCAUCGAGUAGCCUCCUGAAAGCAGCAUGGCGGAGAAAGAGAAAAUGAUCAUCGACCUCUGCUUCAGCAGCGACGACGAGAAAGAAAAAGAGAAAGACACGGGCCCGAUCGACCUCUGCUCGCCGGACGCUUCCGAGGACGAGGCGCCGGAGGCGGAGCCCGCCAGAGCGGAGGAGCCCGCCAGAGCGGAGGAGCCCGCCAGAGCGGAGGAGCCCGCCAGGGCGGCGGAGCCCUUUGCCAGGGCGGCGGAGCCCGCCAGACGGGACUCCGAAUCCGUCAAACGCGAGGCGCCGCCCUCCGCGGGCCACAUCAUCUGCUACCUGAAAUCCACCGGCAACGUUUAUGAGCGCAUCCCGCUGGACGCCAGCGCGGCGGCGACCGUCACCUUCGGGCGCGCGCUCUCGUCGGACGUGCGCAUCGCGAUCGCGCACUGCUCGCGCCAUCACGCCGAGGUGCGCGUCGACCAGAACGCGCGCGUGUCGCUGGUCAAUCUUGCCAAGGCCGCGAACUCGACGCUCCUCAACGCGCAGCCGCUCGCGCCCCAGGCCACGCGCGACGUGCGCGACGGCGACGUCUUCGAGAUCUGCGGCCGGCGGUUCAAGUUUGAGGCGUCCGUCGCAGCGCCGUCGGCCAAGCGCGCGCGCGUCGACGAUGACGAUGAAGACGACGUGAUGGAGGUCGCGCCGCCGCCCCCGGCGCCGCCGCCGCAAGCGCCGCCGACUGCUACUGGCGACGACGACGACGAAGAGGUGCAGAUCACGCAGCACGCGGGCGCGCUCACGGACUUCCCGCAUUCUCGCGAGCACUGCACGACGUUCCCGAUCGCGGCGGACGCGUCGAAGCGGUGCGCGAACUGCUAUUGUUAUGUCUGCGACGCACCGGCGGCGAAGUGCACGCAGUGGGCCACGCACUGCGCUGCACGACACGGCGACCCGCGGUGGCGCGCCGAACGGGCGGCGCACGCGCGCGGCGAAACGCAGCAGGGCGCGCAGCAGUUGGCGGCGCGCGGCACGACGAUGGCAGCGGUCACCGUCACGCCGGUCGCGCGCGGUAACAACGUCGAGGCCAUCCUCGAGGCCGUGACGCGCGUCUACCCGGAGGAGGCGCAGGCUCCCGCGGGCUUCACGACCGGCAUUACCCUCCGGCCGUACCAGCGACAAUCGCUCGCGUUCAUGCUGAACGUCGAGCGGCGCACGGGCGGCGAGCUGCCGACGCUCGGUGCCAAGGGCACGCGGGGCGGCUGGUUGUGUGACGAGGUCGGGAUGGGCAAGACCGCGGUCGUCAUCGCGACGUGCCUGGCAAAUCGCGCGACGCACAGCCGCGGCAGCGAGACGCAGUGGGCCCAGAUGCUGCGCUUGCUCAUGCGGACUCCGGGUGGCCAGGCCCCCGGCUGGUCCGGGCCGCGGCUCCCGCUCAAGGCGACGCUCGUACUAACUAAUGUGUCGCUCGUCGGGCAAUGGGAAGACGAAUUCAAGAAGUUCGCGCCGGGCCUGAGAGUGCAGCGCUUCUACGGAAGCGGGAAAUUUACGAAACGAGGGAUUGGGGACUGGCGAGACGUCGACGUCCUGAUCUCGACGUUCACGACUGUGUGGAAAUCAAAUUUGGGGCGCGCCACGCCCGUACUAACCUAACUCACUGGUUGAUUUCCACACAGGUUCACGACGCCGUUCUACACCGCCAACAGAUUCGGAAACGCGCUCAUCGCCGGAGCGCAGUUUCACCGCAUCGUCAUCGACGAGUGCCACCUCGCGAGGACGCACACGCGAAUCCACGAGCUCCGGGCGACGCACAAGUGGGCCGUUACCGGCACUCCCAUGAGCAAGAGCGUCUACGAUCUGAUGACCCAAGCGAGCAUCAUCGACCAGCCAACGCAGGAGCUCUCUGGUCUGAUGCGGGACACCAGUAUGCACCAUCGCGGCGCGCGGGACAAGCUCGUCGCCGCCCUGCGGAGAGUUAUUAUAAGACACACGAAAGCUCAGCGCAUCGGCGGCGCCGCGGCCCUGUCUUUGCCGGACGAGGUCGUGUCCACGGUCCUGCUCGACCAGACUACCGCCGAGCAGCAGAUGUACCGGGCAGCUUUCGCCCAGAGCGCGUACCGCCGCCGGAACCCGCCGACGCAACCCUUCGGUCUAUCGAUGGCUCUUACCCGGCACCGGCAGGCGUGCCAGCAGUCGCGCGUGAAGCGCGAGGCGCUCUUCGCGGACCUGCGGUCGCGCGGCGCGAGCGGCGGCUGCCGCGCGGUCAUCUUCACGGAGUUCCGGGACGUGCACACGGAGGUCGUCGCGCAGCUGCGCGCGCGGUACCCGAGCUGGACGAUCUUCGAGUUCAGCGGGAGCACGGGCGCGUCGUCGCGGCACACGGCCAUCCGCAAGUUCCAGGCGUCGGACCACGGCAACAAGGUCUUUGUGAUUACAAUGCGCGCGGGCAACGUCGGCAUAACGCUGACGGCGGCGGACGUCGUGUACCUUCUCGGCCCCUGUGUCGACCCGGGCGACGAGGUGCAGGCCGCGGGCCGCAUCCACCGCCUCGGCCAGACGCGGCGCGUGCUCCUCAAGAAGUUCAUCAUGAAGGGUACCGUCGAGGAGGCCAUCGAGGAGUUCCACUCGAAGCUGAAGACGGGCGUGUUCAAGUUCUCGAGCGGCUCCAUGCCGAAGGCGGCCGCGCUGCUGCUCUGUAGCAAGUAGUGCACAUACUAAGUUCGAUCAAGUUGGUUCUAGACACUUAUGAUUACAGGGAAUACAAGGGACCGGGCCGCCG